GAGCGACGUUUCGAAUAUUUGACAAGGCGUGUCCAGUAAAUUGACGCGGAGCGUACGUUUGCGUACGAUUUCAAGUAUGCCAGUGUGACAACGAAUAUGUGCGUAUAAUUCGCGAGUGCCUUUUGCAAGAUCACGACACGGCGACCGUGGACCUUUGAUGAAAGUUGCAUUACUUCAGCAGUCGUCAAGAUUGAACCAGUAUUGAUGCUACACCCACUGCCUUGCCUGUGAUGUCUUCCAGGAGAGAUACGCAUCGUUAAACAUAUAUCAAAUCGCGCAUAAUUGGUCGCAUUGCAACUUCCAAGGGAUUUAAGCAGCUAAGUAGUCGUUUGACACAUUUACACUUUUUAGCGAGUCAGGAUGCAUUACGGCAAGAAGUCACCCAGCAUGGGCACGCCAUCCGUGUACUCGCACGUGACCACUACUCGCAGCAGCGCGAAUCUCAGAUUGUCGAGAUCCGCCCGUAGCGUGAAGAUCCCGUGGUAUCAGAAACCGAUACUCACGCAUGCCUAUGUACUUGAUAUUCAGAGGGGCGCCAUGUUCACCGCUAUAUUUUCGUCGUGCCUGGCUUUUUUCACAAUAUGUACGUCCAUUUUUGACAUCUACUGCCUCUCGCAGGCUGCGCCUGGCUCCACGCACUAUGGAUAUUACAUCAUAUCGUACGAAUUUGUCUACGUGGGCAGUCAGCAUGUUCGCAACGCCCUGAUCGUGUUUGCAUUGUUCUCCAUGCUGGGCGGAAUAGUCGUCUUUGUAACUUCCCUGAUACUGAUCACGGCCCUGCGGAAGGAGUACGAGAAGAAGAUGGUGCUGUGGCUGUACAGUUUCGCCAUAUUCACUCUGUUCAGGCUGUUCGCUUUCAUAUUCUACAGCAUCGUGAACGACAUGAUAUUCGCCUACAACAUCUUGAUGUGCCUGCUAUGGAUAGUGUUCAUUUGCGUCUCUGCGUAUGGCUGGCUGAUCGUGUACUCGCUGUACGUCGAGCUGUCCGACCUAACAAGAUUGGAAGACUUGGCUCAUCUGCGGAUUGGUACGAUGCAGUCUCUGAAUGCAUCCACGACACACUCGCUCGCUGGCUCCCGGCCGACGACGCCUCACAGCGCGGUAUCAACCGUGCCGGUAUCCACCAUUAAGUAGAUAAUAACAUGAUAAUUUUACGUUUUCAGUCAUAAUAUACAAAUUUUCUCCAAUUAACGUACGAAUCGUGACACGACGACGAAAUAAUCAGAGUGGCUCUUCAAGCUUGAACGAUAAAUCAUUGAUAAUUGUACAUGUAUAUACGCUAGCGCGCACAACGAACUUGACAAAAAUUACAUGCAAUUUACAAUGUUAAGAAUCUCAGAGAGCAGGAGAUACUGCAAUCAACAUACACGAUAUCGUGUAACAGCGUGAGAGAUAUAUAUAUAUAUAUUCUCGUUUGCCACACAGCAGUGGUUUAGUGAUAGAUGUUCGUAGACUUGCUGCGAACGUAGUUCCGUCCACGUAUAAGGCGAGCAAUUAGGUUUAGCGUACAGAUAUGUGUCACAAGUAUUCCUUACGUACGUAUUAACGCAUUAUGACCACGUAUGUAUUAACAUAUCGCUUAACGCAUUCCGUCCAUUUAUUAAUUCAUGUAGUUAAAAAAAGGUCGAUCUAUCUAUGAAUGACUAAAACGCUCGUUCUGUCAAAAUUAUACAUGACAUUGUGGAAUCUCUCUCUCGUGUAAAUGUUUGCGGGCGAACCAAAGAACGGCGAAUAUGAAUACGAUCUCUGCCGAGAGAGCCCUGACAGCCACGAUUUUAUUUUGGGUAGAAAAGCAAGUUAUACUUUUUUGUAUGUUGAUAUUUGAAGAAUUUAAUGUACAACGCACAUAUGUUUUAUAUAAACGUAUAAAUAUAUUAUAUUUUAACAA